AUGGCUGGAAUAAAACUUUUUAGUAUCACUAACAUUACCAUAGCUAUAUUUAUUAUUUAUAUAUCUUAUACAGCCAAUACAUUUUAUGCUAUGUUUCGUCCACCUACAUGUAAAAGUAAUAAUUGUCUUUCACCACAUUUUAAAUCAUCAUUAAAUAAAAAAUUGAAAUUAUAUAGUUGUUUAUCAACAACUUCAAAUCAACCUCGUUCAAUGACAGAUUCGAAAUGUGUAACCAUGUUAAAUAUAAAUAAUUUUACAAUAAAUCAAUCAUUUGAUGAAACAAUACAUAUUCCAUUAGUAAAACAAUUUCGACAAAAUACAACAUUUUAUAUACAUUUUUAUCUUUAUCAUGGUGUUGAUCCAUUUCAAGAUCAAGCACGUAUAUAUCGACAUAGAUUAAUAUCAAAAUAUCUUAUUCCAGAACAGAAUUUUAUGAAUCUUCUACAAGAAAAACUUCCUUCAAGUUUAACUGGUGUUAAAGAAGAAGAACAAAAAAAAACGACGAAUACUUCUUCAACUAUACCUGUAACACAUAUUUUAAAAAGAAUUAUAUUCCAUGGUGUUGAUCAGGAUAUUUCAUUUGAUAGAAUGGAAAUCCCACAAGAACUUUAUCAUUUAAUAACUCUAUAUUCUCAAACAACAUAUGGACCUUUAAUUAGUUCAGAUGAACUAACUACUCGUCUUCGUGAUUAUCAGCCGGUAAACACAUCUGAUGAUAAUAUUGAAUUAAAACUUGUGUAUAAUCCAAUAUCAAUUGGUCGUAUGAGAUUAUGGGUUAAUUUUGAACGAGCACUUGAAUCUACACGAGUAUAUGGAUUUUCUGAUAAAGAAAUUGAUGAAAUCAAAGGUAUUUUUGCUGAUAAUAAUUUACCAAUAUUAGCAUUAACAUUUGUUGUUGCUGCUUUUCAUACUUUAUUCGAUUUUUUGGCUUUUAAAAAUGAUAUUAAUUAUUGGAGACAUCGAAAAACAAUGGUUGGUUUAUCAUUACGAACAGUCGUAUGGCGUUCGAUUAGUAAUAUUAUUAUUUUUCUUUACUUACUUGAUUCUGGUGCAAGUCUAUUGGUGCUUAUUCCAUCUGGUGUUGGUUCAUUAAUUGAAAUUUGGAAAGUAACAAAAGCAUUCAAGGUUAAAGUUCGAUUUAAUGGUUAUAAACCAAUAAUUACUUUCGGUGAAACAUCAAAAGAAGAAAAUGAUACAAUGAUGCAUGACUCAACGGCUAUGCGUUACUUAUCAUAUCUUCUAUAUCCACUUUGUAUUGGCUUAGCUGUGUAUUCGCUUAUUUAUAAUAAUCAUAAAAGUUGGUAUUCAUGGAUAAUAAAUUCACUCGUCAAUGGAGUUUAUGCUUUUGGGUUCUUAUUUAUGAUGCCACAAUUAUUUUUAAAUUAUAAAUUAAAAUCUGUUGCACAUUUACCAUGGAGAGCGUUUAUGUAUAAAGCAUUCAAUACAUUUAUUGAUGAUCUCUUUGCGUUUAUUAUUACAAUGCCAACUGCUCAUCGUCUUGCAUGUUUUCGUGAUGAUUUUGUUUUUCUUAUUUAUCUAUAUCAAAAAUGGCUUUAUCCAGUUGAUAAAACUCGCGUGAAUGAAUAUGGUGAAGCAUUUGAUGAAUCAACUAAAUCAAAAACUGAAUAA